AUGCACGACCGGCCUCCGUCGGAUGGCUCUCCGGCCUCUCCGGCCGCUGACGCGGCCGCCCAUGCUGUUGCCGAUCCGGUCCCUCUCACGCUCAGCGAUAUCCGCACAAGCUACGACAACUUCGAGGUCGCCGGCUUUGGCCAGGCGCUCUCAUCAGCAAGUCACCCAGGCACCAACUCCUGGGCGUUUACGCUUGACUACGAAACCAUGCAGUGGAUGCAGCUCGAUCAAAACGGCGACGCCAACAGCUGGUCCCUGGGCGAGUUCCUCGCCCAGGAUGAGGUGCGAGUCAUGAUGCUCGACCCAGCGUGCACCAAGUCGCUCACAUUCCGUGAGUUCGUCAACGGGCCGAACACACUCUCCAAUUCGACGGCGAUCUCGAACUCCGACAACUGGACCGGUGCACCAGCCACGGAGGACGAUGGCUCCCUCGACGACAUCCCUUCAUCGACGGACGCCUUCACCGCCGCCGGCCCUGGGCCAUCCAGCGCGGCCUCCGACGGCCUGCACGUGAUCGAGCGGGUACAGAAACGGUGGCUGCCGCAGCUCACACCCUAA